CCCAAAACUAGGAAGAAUUAUCACUUUCUUGCAUUAUUCUUUUUUCCUCCUCCAUCUCUUAUUCUCAAUUUCCCCAAUCUGAAACCCAGAAUCUUUGAAUCAAAUAUGAAACCCAGAAUUGUUGAUCUCAGCCAUCCAUUUUCAUUGGUGAUGACGACUCCGCAAGCACACGGAAUUCGAUUUUCUUCCUAGAGAACUAUGACGGUUUAGGGACAUUAAUGUUCUACGAGAAAGGAAUCAAGCGCGUUGCAUGAUUAUUCAUAGAUUGUUUGAUUAACAUAUGGUGUUACCACAAUUCAUAUUCAAUUGAGCGGGUCAUGUGGAAUGGAUUAUGAGGUUGGACACAAAUUUGUUUAUAGGGGGAAGAAAUUUGGUUUUUUUAUUUUUGGCUGGAGUUCUAAAUUCAUUUCGCGGAUCAGAUGAUUAACAUUGGUUGUUUUGAUUUUUAAACUUCAUUGUUGGGAAUUUAUUAAAAAAGAACUUCAAUGGUGGGAGAGAGAUUGUAAAUAAGGGAAGGCAUAAUGGAUCCUCUCUCUCACGAGCUCAAUUUAUAGAGGAUUGAGACCUCUUAUCAUUAAGCUGAAUGAGAUCGCAAUGAAUGGUUUGUCAAAAAUGGAUUUUUCCACACAGUGGUUGCAACAACAACAACACGAGUUGACAUCUAGGUUUGGUGGUAAUGGUGGAGGUAGAGAGGCACAUAACAUAUCUAUGCAAACAGGGGAAGAGUUUCUCCAAGACAGAUUCAAUACCAGAGGGACACGUCCUGUUCCAAACGCGACUACUAUUUAUGACAGGAGAGCUUCAUCUGAUGGCGACUUAAAUUACAAUCUGGGUUAUGAGGAUGUUGCUCGUGUUAUUACUUUGAAGAGAAUGGACUCUAAUGUUUCCGCUUCUUCAAUGGAGUCCCCAAAGGAGAACGAGCAUUCAUGCUUUUAUGAUAAGAUGACUUGGAUUAGUGCAGAGGACAACAUGAAUAAUGUACAUAGAUCAAGGAAUUCUUUGGGUGAGCUGAACAAUGAUCGAGGUCUUGCUUUGGGUUCAACCUUUUACGGGUUGGAAUCUCCUCGCGGUGACAACACAAAUAUUUCAGAUAGACUACUUCAGGCAGGAAAAAUGAAACUUCUAUGUAGUUCUGGUGGAAAAAUCUUGCCAAGGCCUGGGGAUGGGAAGCUCAGGUAUGUGGGUGGAGAGACCCGCAUCAUUUCCAUUAGUAAGAGUCAGUCAUGGAUUGAACUUGUGAGGAAAACUUCUUAUAUUUGCAGUCAACCACACUAUAUUAAGUACCAGCUUCCGGGGGAAGAUCUUGAUGCUCUUAUAUCAGUGUCUUCCGAUGAAGACCUUCAGAAUAUGAUUGAGGAACACUACGGGCUUGAAAAUCUUGGUGCUUCUCCAAGGCUUCGUAUCUUUCUGAUUCCAAUGGGUGAAGUUGAAAACUUGUCAUCUUUUGAGGUCACUAAAACAUCCAUCCAACAAAGCAGUCCUGAUUACCAUUAUGUGGCAGCCGUGAAUGGCAUUAGUGACCCUAGUCCUAGGAAAAUCCCCACUGACAGGUCUUCUGCAAGUGCACUACCAAUAAGGUUCAGUCGUAACCCAAGUUUUUCCAAGCGUGCUCCACCUUCCAUGAUGCCUUUGGAAAUCAAUGGCGGUCUUGCUUCUUUUCAGAAUAUGAUGUCCCCAUAUCCUUCUCCUCCUAUCUCUCCCGUUCCUUUGUUUGCAGACGAAAGCAAUACUUCUUUCAUGACAACUCCAUUACCAACAGAGAGUGCUGGCCUCAACACAAAGUUUCACCACCAACUCCAUAAUCAAUACCACAACUUUCAUCUCAACAACGAGCUUGGUGGCCCUUCUGGUAGUUUGAAUUUUGAUGGUUGCUACCCUGAAAAGCCUAUGCAGAGGGGACGCCAUUUCCACUCUGAAUGUCCUAUUUCCCACCUAGAAGACUUGAGAGGUGUAUUGACUGGGUCCGCUGACUUUUUUGAUCCUCCACAAGGCAUUCCCCAUGCAUUUUCUGAUUCCAAACUUCAGGAUCGUGGGGAAAUGUCUGCUUAUUAUUCAAAAGAAAUGGUAUGCGAAGCACGUCAUGCAAGUGUCAAGAUUGUGGAUGACAGAUAUCAGUUCAACCUCUUGAAAGUCAAAGAGAUAAGUGCAAUAGUGAGCAUCCACAUAUAA